GUGUGUGUGUGUGUAUGUGUGUAUACUGUCUUCUUCGAGGCUGUGCAGCUCCUGCCUGUGAGGGCAUGGCUUCACACACCUUUGCCCACGCGAAUGUGUAUUUGGGUGGUUAUGUGUAUAUGUAUGUAUGUGUCUGCGUGUGUACACCUGCACGCGCAUGCACACACACACACAUAUACACAUGCACGUAUGAAUGUUGGUCCACUCUACCGUCAGGGCUUCCACAUGCCGCGCAUGCGCCCUCCCCACCUUGCCGCGCGCUGUCUGGUCUCUCGUCUGCCUCGUCCAUUCCCAUCCGCCAUCCGCAUAUUUCCUUCUCCUGUUUCUUCCCUCCCCCCCCCUUUCCGGUUCCUACUCCCUCGACAUGGCGCUCUUGCUCUGUCUUUCGCAGGGCAAGAGAGAAGCGCCUCCACCGCCUCCACCGCCACCGCCGCUUCCCAUCGCCACCGCCACUGGCACCGAUACUGGCAUCACUAUCUACUUGAUAUCAAGCCUGCAUAUCUUCCUGUCCGCCUGUCCGCCUGUCUGCUUGUCAGUUUGGCCACUAGGCUGCUUGCUUGCCUGCCUGCUCGCCUGUCCGCCUGCUUGCUUGCUCGCCUGCCUGCUCGCCUGCUCGCCACCGUCCACCGCCCACCGCCCACCCUCCGACUCCGCCGUCAUCCGCCGCUCCUCCCUCCCGUGCACGGCCUCCCCCGACGUGAGACCCGACUCCUAACUCCUCUUGUGCACCCGGGACACACGCGCGCGCGGCCCCCUCUCCCAUCUCCCCUCCGAUCGUCCCCUCUUCAGUGUCAAGGUCCAUGUCGGCAACCUGGGCAACCACACCGACGAGCGCGAGCUUCGCCGACUCUUCGAGGCACAGGCCAACGUCGUCGACUUCUGGGUUGCCCGCCAUCCUCCCGGCUUCGCGUUCGUCACCUUCGGCAACAUGGAUGAUGCCCGCCGCGCCAUGGAGCAGCUGAACGGCCACACCUUCGAGGGCCGGAGCAUCUCGGUCGAGAUCUCCCACGGUCGGUCCAACAACAACUACCGCGGUCGUGGCAACGGCCGUCUUGAUGGUGGUCGUGGCAGCCAUCAUGGCGGUCCCGGCUUCCGCGGCGGUCGUGGCGGCUUCCGUGGCGGCCGUGGCGGCUACUACGGCGGCGAGCGUGAUCGCUACGACGACCGGGGCUGGAGCCCGGAGCGCUAUGGGCGUCAUCGCAGCCGCAGCCGCGACCGCAGCCGCGAGCGCGACCGCAGCCGCGAGCGCGACCGCAGCCGCGAGCGCGAUCGCAGCCCGGACCACACUCGCGGCGGCAGCCCGGACCGGUAUUCCUCGCGUCCGCGUGAUCGCCACGACGAGGGUCGCCGUGGCGAUCGCCGCGAUGAGGUCUCCACCGCCGGCACUGCUGCCGGGUCUUCCUCCACUUCUGCUUCUUCGUCUUCCUCGCGUCCGGAUGAGCGCCGGUCUGACCGGAGCCCCGAGCGCCGGUCCGAGCGCAGCCCGGAGCGUCAUCGCGGGUCUAGCCGCAGCCCGGAGCGCGGGAGCCGCCAUAGCGGCAGCGAUCGUCAUGGUGGCGCUGACCGCUACGGUGGCGGCGAUCGCCAUGGCGGCAGCGACCGCUAUGGUGGUGGCGAUCGUUACGGCGGUGAUCGUUACGGUGGCGAUCGUUAUGCCACUGAGCGCUACGGCGGUGAUCGCCGUGGUGGCUAUGGCGGCGGUGGCUGGAACAGCCGCGACCGUCGCGGCGGCUACAACGGCGGCAAUGGUGCCGGUGGGUAUGGCGGCGAUUCGAUGUCCCGUCGUGGUGGCCGUGGUGGCGGCCGUGGCGGCCACCAGGGCGGCAACUCGCGCUCCUCCUCCGAGCACGACGCCUCUUCCUCCUCCCGGUCUGCCGAUGUCGGCGAGCACCAUGGCGGCUCGGCCGUCGAUGGCGGCGAGGACCGUGGCGGCCGGUCGGCCGCCUCCCGGCGCCCGGCGUCUGAUGACGUUUCCAACGGCGGCAACAGCGCCAGCUCCGAAGCCGGCCGCGCCGGUGACUCCCACGCUGCCGGCCAUCACUCUCCCUCCGCGGAGGAUGGUGGCUCCUAUGGCGGCCGUCACCAUCACUCCCCCGGUGGCGACUCGGGUGUCAUGGACCCCGCGAGCCUGAUCUCGCCGUCCGACCCGGCGCCCUCGUCCUCGCGUGGCUCCGGCCGCCGGUCGAGCGUCAGCGGCGCCAGUGGCAAGUCCGCCGGUGGCGCACGCCACCACCGCGAUGCGUCGCCGGUUUCCCCGCGUGGCGGCAGCUCGGCUGCUGCCGCUGCGCACGACGGCGACAGCGGCGCCACGAACUACAGCCCGUACUCCUACUCUCCCUCCCCCUGAAAGGGCGGUAGUGCAGAGGAUGGAGAAGUCCAGGAGCUGAGGGCGUGUGCUUGUCUGUGUGUAUUUGUAUGUGCACUCCAGUUUUUCUUUUGGAGUAUUGUGUGCGCGGGGGGGAUGUGUCUCGGGGGACGGGGGGAGGGCUGGUGUGAGUGCCAAGGAGGGGUCCCCGCGCCCGUAUUUCCUUCCUUCCCCCCUCCCCCCCCCCCUCUCUCU